ACUAAAAACCCAAAACCUAAACCUCUAUUUCUCUAAUUCUUUCCCAGGCUUCCAGCCUCCCAACAAACCAAUCACUCCCAGACUCGCCGGAUUCAGUCGCCGGAUUCCGUUCGUGGCUUUUCAUUGCUAUCUGUGGUUGGGUCAGCUUUCGACAGCAAGAACAUAGCGCGCAGGAGCACAGCGUAGUACCAAAUCAUUUUUCAUUAAACCCUCUCACACUCCCACAAAACCCCGUCUUUCUAGUUUCUUCCCAAGCAUUUUGCAAUAAAAAAUCUCGCUUUGAUCGAAGAUGGCGAUUCUGCGAUCCAAUGCCAUUCGAAAUGUACUAAGAUUUGUCCAGCUUCAGCAUCAUUCCUUUGCUCUUGGAAGCUCAAGAAGUUACUCUAAUGGUGUUAUUAUCGGGCCUCAAGUUAGCUUCUGCAGGACAUAUUCUUGCAUAUAUGAGAGUCAUAACUAUCCACUGACUCAUGGCAGAGCAACGGUGCUUCGCCCUACAAUGGUUGCUGGGUUGCCAGUGUUUCUUCAUGAAGCUAGACUGAUAACAACUCAUGCAAAAGCCCCGCCUCAAACACGACAAAUGGGGGCUAUGCAAGUCGCUAUGCUUAGUCCUGGAUUUAUCUACGAACCAUAUGCACCUCGAGAACCAAUCUCAUUCUUAAAAAGGUGGUUCACUAGAAAUGGAUGGAGAAGAACAAAGGAAGACAUGAUCUUAGAGCUCAAAAGCGCCUAUGCUGUUUCCAAAUUGAGAAAAUUUGGGUAUUCAAAACAGGGGUUCUAUAGAGAGGCUUUCAAAUUAUAUAAAGAGAUAAAUGCACAACUAGCACAUGGUGAUAAAACAUCACUGAGGAAAUCAGUUACGGAGAACAUGUUCUCAGCCCUGAAAAAUGAUAUUAAACAAAGAGAAGCUAUGUGGAGCGAAGUCUACUGGGACAUGAUUGAACCAGCUGUCAGAAUACGAACUCUGCGAGCUAGACUGAUAGGGGUUGACCGCAGCGACCUUAAAAAAGUUUUCAUACAGCUCACUCUCGAGUUUCUUACGAAGCAGAAGUUUGAGGCCUACAAUUCGAAAGGUGCUAUUGUUGCGGGAGAUAAAAAUAAAGAGGUACUUGUACGUGAUAUAUGGGUAUUUGAGAAGUCCCUUUAUCACACUGGAGCAUAUUGGCGGCUCUGUGGACGAAUUCCUCCUAAAUAAUUUUACUACUUGUUAGCUUCAUUUGUUUGUUUUGACAUGUACAGUUGCAAGGCAAAAUUUGCUGAUGCCACACAAUUUUGUAAGUUGAGCAUAUGUUUCUAUUGCUUUACAAGUAGGGUAUUAAUCAUUUAAAUCUUGAUAAUGGCAUGGACCCCUGGAUGUUGGGUUUUCGGCAGAAGUUGACACAAUAACACUGUCCCUUGUCACAAAUAUUUCCUUCCAGGCUGUAUAAUUUAUGAGUUUGAAAUGCGUUAUUAUAGUGGUUCAAAAAUUCUGCA